AAAGCUGUUGCACAAGAAUCCGAGGAACCAACGGUACCAUCUGUGAAGAUGACAGCUAGCAUGGAUGGAGCCUUCAUUCCAAGCACUCCCAGUUUUCGUCUCUCUUUCCAUCGCCUGUGUUCUGGUCAACAUGUCGGAGUACAAUGCAGUGCCGCCAGCCGGACCCGGGGCCCCUCUCGGCGGACAGGCAGCUCUUGGGAAUGGAGCAGGAGGCAUCCAGAAAGAUGCGUUCGCGGACGCGGUGCAGCGGGCCCGGCAGAUUGCAGCUAAGAUUGGGGGGGAUGCUGCAUCUCCCAUGAACAACAACACUGCAUCAGAUGGCUUUCCAUUCACUGCACAGAAACGACAGCUGGAGGAUGCAGAUGAACCGGAGAGCAAGAAGUUGGCUGCUCAGAGUGACUUGGAUUCAGCCAAUGCAUUGUCUAUUGGUGCGCAGCUAGCCGCUCUCUCACAACAAAGGCCCGCAUCCAGCACAGAGGAGUACAGUGUACCGGACAGCAUGGUGGGACUCAUUAUCGGCCGUGGAGGUGAACAGAUCAAUAAGAUUCAACAGGAGUCAGGUUGCAAGGUUCAGAUAGCUCCAGACAGCGGAGGCCUUCCAGAUAGAAGCGUCUCGCUCACAGGUUCCCAAGACUCCAUACAAGUCUCUCCCGCGGCUAGGGAUGCCAGGACGCUGUUGGAUGAGAUAGUGUCACGAGGAAGGGGUACGCCCCCGUCUUCUUAUCACGAGUCCACCAACGGGCAGAACGGCACGGUGCAUGAGAUGAUGAUCCCAGCUGGCAAGGCUGGCCUUGUCAUUGGCAAGGGAGGAGAGACUAUCAAACAGCUACAGGAGCGUGCAGGGGUAAAGAUGAUCCUGAUCCAGGAUGUCUCUCAGGGACCAAACAUUGACAAGCCCCUGCGCAUUAUCGGAGAUCCCUACAAAGUCCAGCAAGCCCAGGAGAUGGUGCAGGAGAUUCUGAGGGAGAGAGACCAGGGUGGCUUUAGUGAAAGAAAUGACUUUGGCUCCCGAAUGGGAGGAGGCAUGGAUAUCCCCGUACCAAGACACUCAGUCGGUGUGGUCAUCGGGCGCAAUGGUGAGAUGAUCAAAAAAAUCCAGAAUGAUGCCGGAGUUAGGAUACAGUUCAAACAAGAUGACGGGAAUGGUCCAGAAAAGAUUGCCCACGUCAGUGGCCCUCCUGACUGCUGCGAGCACGCUGCACAGAUUAUCAACGACUUGCUGCAGAGCAUCAGGGUCAGGGAGGAGGGACAGGGGGGUCCUCCAGGCAUGCCUGAUGGCAACAGGGGCCGAGGUGGGGGACAAGGCGGCUGGGGGCCCCCUGGUGGGGAAAUGACCUUCUCUAUUCCUGCCCACAAGUGUGGACUUGUGAUUGGCCGGGGAGGAGAGAACGUCAAUUCCAUCAAUCAGCAGACGGGAGCCUUUGUAGAAAUCUCUCGACAGCCGCCCCCCAACGGAGACCCCAACUUCAAGCUUUUUAUAAUUCGGGGCUCACCGCAGCAGAUCGACCACGCCAAGCAGCUCAUUGAGGAGAAGAUUGAGAUUCCACUGUGUCCCGUGGGCACGGGGCCACCAGGUGGACCUGGUCCGAUCAGUCCCUACAACUCCAACCCAUACAACCCCGGACCACCUGGGGCGCCCGGACCACCUCAUGGCGGUCCUCCAGGUCCUCACCAGUACACCCCUCAGGGCUGGAGCAACACCUACCAGCAGUGGCAGCCCCAGGCACUCCAUGACCCCAGCAAGGCAGCAGCCAAUGACCCCAACGCAGCCUGGGCGGCCUACUACGCUCAGUACUACCAGCAGCCACCGGGGGCUGUGCCAGCCCAGUACCCCGCAAAUCCAGCUGGAGGUGCCCAAACUUCAGGGGACCAGCCCGCACAGACGCCGGGGGGCCAGCCAGACUACACCAAGGCCUGGGAGGAGUACUACAAGAAGAUGGCUCAGGCAGGCGGCUCUGUCCCUGGGACAGCAGCUGCAGCCCCAGGAGCAGCUGGGGGAGCAGCAUCCACAACAGGGGGGCAGCCCGACUACAGCGCAGCCUGGGCGGAGUAUUACAGGCAGCAGGCCGCGUACUAUGGACAGACGGGACAGGCACCCGACCAGCCAGCCACUCCACAGCAAGGACAGAUGCAGUGAUGGCAGAAGGCUUCAGGAGAGAAUCAGGGAGACAGGAUGAAGAAGACUACCCUGAAUUUGACAGCAGGAUCUAGCCUGUUAAGAUUUUUUUGUUUUUUUGUAAGGGAAAUUAAAGCAUUCCUCAACACCAAACACCACCUGGAUACUUUCUGAAUAAAAAUGUGAACUGAACAAGUGUUCCAGUGCUUUGCAGCUGAGGCGAUGGAGAAGACAGGUACACGGCUUCAAUGACUCUACAUAUGUUGUAUGUAUGACAUUAUGAACAUAGAAGCCUUGAAACACUUAUUUUAUUGCAGAGAAGUUGCCAAUAAUAGUCUCAUCUUCCUUUUAGUAACUUCUUCAGACUUUUAAUCCCAUCUUUAAAGCACUUCAAACCCCUGUGUUAUAUAUACUGAAUUGCACAUAGCUAUUAGGACUAUAAUCAUAUUGUGUAUCUGAUACAGAGAAAUCCUUUCUAAGGCUCACCUGAUUUGCUCAGUGUUUUUUUGUUUUUUUAAAUUAUGAAAUUGUCCCUUUACCCUCAGCUGAUUGCAUGGUAUUUCAACUUGUGUACAUUUGGAUAAUUUUUCUUUUGCUCAUGAAUGUGUUCACUUGCAGUAUUUUGUACGAGUGAGCCAGUGUACAAAUGGAAUUCUACAGUGUUUCGUGCAUGUGGGCGGACUUAUAACUGCUUGAAGCUGCUAGAGGUAGAUGACAUAACACUUAAAAGUAAAGCACCUAAUAAAGAGCGGGGCCACCCUUUACCUACAGUGAGGCUUCAGUUGGUCUUCUGCUAGUCACAUGCAAGUUAUGUGAAAAUGUUUUAAUUGCGGAGGCCAUGAAGGUUGAACGACAACCUUUUAAACUGGCUCAUAGGUUGCAGGAUUUAUGGGCCUUGCAUCAGGUCAUGCAUUUUUGUUUUGGCCUCGGCUCCUCAAUAACAUCUCUGCCAUAAAUACCCACCAGUGUGAGGAUCACUACAUAAAGCCGGAUGUUUCGUUUACGUUGCCAUGAUUUAAGACUUUUCCUUGCCUCAAUUUGUUUAGCAUUGUUGUCACUCACCUAUCUGCCUCUUGGUAUGUCCAGGAGACAGAAAAAGAUGAUUUUUAAAAAUGUGUGUGAACAAUCCCAGUCUCAUAUUGCUUGGAAAACUCAAGUGAUUGUCAGACCUUUUAAAACCACCACAUACUGUGAGUUUAGUGACUUUCAUGUAGAGGUUGUGUCACCCUCUGCAGCUUCUACAAUGUAUGAUGUCAUGUAAGGCUACAUUCACUACACAUUUGCACCAUGCUUUGAUUUAGUUUGAUCUCAAGGUUGCACGUGAUUGCUUUUUACUUUAUAUACUUUGUUUUGGAUGCAACAACAAUGUGUUGACCUUUUCUCCUUCCCACAGUCAUUGUGUGUAACAGAAUGAAAUGUAGUCUUCCAAUGUGUCUCACUUUAAGAUAUCUAUGUACAUAUAUUCAGCAAUAUAAGGCUGUUGGUUUUGACUUACAGAGAUGUAUCAGGUAUGAAUCUUGUAAUCUGAAUGGCAGCUGUGAGCCUGCCUAUGGCAGCAGUGUUGAUAUUGUUAAUAGAUGACCACCAGCAGCAAUACUCUGAAUUAAAAAUGGGGCAAAUGUCAAUUACUUUAAAAUGUGUGUUAAACA